UGUGAAUUGCUGAAUCAAUUGUGAUUACUGUCAUGGUUUUAUAAAAAAUUUUCUCUCACUUGUUUAAGGAAAUUUCCGAUAUCGAAAAAAGGAAACGUCUGUACGGCCAAUGAAAACAGCACCUUAACAUCUCUAUUCUGAUUUAUGGCAUAUUCGAAACCAAAUCAACAACUAUCUCAGGUGAUCCAAACAUAUUUUGAGCCAAGAUCAUGUACGUUUUUUUGCGCUCUUUGCAAGUGAGAAACACUCGCUCCAAAUUGUUCCAAUGUUGCCGCAAAUUGACAAUAAAUCACACAUGUUCGUGCAAUUUCCACUCUCAGUUUGCUAGAGAUUUGAAAUUCUUGGAACCAAGAAGACUAUACUCUCUGACCUACAAUCCUGGGGUUCUGUAUUCUGACAAUAGGAUUCCCUAUAUUAACAAUCUACCAAAUUCAAGGUAUAUCUCCUUGUCAGCAACAUGUUUCGAAAAAGAACCUCUAAAACCGUCCUCAAAAGUCGAAGUUACAGUCCAAGAGCUAAAAAAACAAAAAGAGGAAGUUGCCAAGAGUCAGGACAAUGAAAUAAUCAAAGCAGCUCCUGUAAAAAAAUCUAUGGUACAAAGGGUCCUGGAUGAGAUAGUGCAUUAUUAUCAUGGCUUUAGGCUGUUAGCAAUAGAUGUAAAGAUUUCAGCUGGUUUGGUCUGGAGAAUCCUUAGAGGCAAAACUCUGACAAGAAGGGAAUACAGACUUCUAACCAGGACAGUGGGUGAUCUGUUUCGUCUUGUUCCUUUUUCAGUAUUCAUAAUUGUGCCUUUUAUGGAGCUCUUGCUGCCAGUGUUUAUUAGGUUUUUCCCCGGAAUGUUACCUAGUACAUUCCAGUCGGCUAGUGAGAAAGAAGAUAAGAUCAAGCAAAAUUUAAAAGUGAAGCUGGAGAUGGCCAAGUUUUUACAGGGUACACUGGACGAUAUGGCUGUCCAACAUAAAGAACGAUAUUCAGAAAAAGCCAAGGAGUUCGUAGAGUGGUUCACCAAAGUAAGAACUUCAGGAGAAAUCGUCUCAAACGAAGACAUUAUGAAGUUUUCUAAACUGUUUGAGGACGAAAUUACUCUUGAUUCUUUAACCAGAAGUCAGUUGAUUGCAUUGUGCCGCGUCUUGGACGUACAAACAUUGGGUACUAAUAAUUUCUUGAGGUUCCAACUGAGAAUGAAACUUCGUCAAUUAGCAGCCGAUGACAAAAUGAUUCAAAAGGAAGGAGUGCAUUCAUUGACUUUGGGAGAAAUACAGCAGGCCUGUAGAGCGAGAGGAAUGAGAGCGUAUGGAGUGUCCGAAGAAAGGUUGAGAUCACAAUUGAACCAGUGGCUUGAUUUAAGUUUGAACGAAAAGGUUCCGCCAUCUCUUUUAUUGCUCUCAAGAGCCCUCAUGUUACCGGAAACUAUUCCAACUAGCGACAAAUUAAAAGCCACCAUUUCGUCACUGCCUGAAACUAUUGUCAAACAAACACAAGCAGCCAUUGGUGAAAAAGAGGGUAAAAUCGAUAAUAAGAUCCGAUUGGAACUCAUCAAGGAAGAAGAGAAGAAAAUCAAAGAAGAAAGAAAGGAGCAAAAAGAAGAAAAAAGGAAGUUGGAAGAGAAAGAACUUUUGGUGGACAAAGCGCCUACCAUCUCGGCCGCCAGCACGCCUAUCCUUGAAGAUACUGCCUUAAGGAUAUCUACUGAAAAGUUGGAGAAAGCUGAAGAGAAAGCAAAACUCGAAGAAGAAAUUCACACCAAAGAUAUCGAGAUUAUCGAGCACGCUAUCGAUACUGUAUCUAAAGAGAAAAAACUGAUUGUUGAAAAAGAAGAGAUUCAGGAACUUAAAGCGGAAAUGGCGGAUUAUAAAGAGGACGUUGAAGAUCUCGCUAAAGCUGUGGCGGAUACUCCUAAACCCGAAGUGCGAGAAAGCAAGGCCGCCAAGAGGCUUUUUAACAGCGUAAACAAGAUGAUUGGCAAGAUGGACCAAGUACUCACAGAGUUAGAAAAGAAGGAGGCGCAACUCAAGAAAGACCUUGAAACGGAAGAGAGUGAUAAGAAGAAGGAGGAAUUAUUGAAAAUCGACGACAUUGUAGCGGCUAUCCAGAAGAUUAAAGAUGUGCCUGAUCAAAGCAGACUCGAUAAGAUUUCGAAAGUUCUUAGAAAAAUGGACGACGAUCAUGAUGGUUCUUUAAAAAUUGACGAUGUGCUUAAAGUAAUCGAAAUAAUCGGCAAAGAAAACGUAAAGUUGAGUAGCAAACAAGUUGACGAGCUUAUCGAAUUGAUCGACAAAGAGGAAAUACUAGAGGUAGAAGAUAAGAUCGAGAAAGCCUUGCAAAAGGACAAGGAGGCUAAAGCUGCCCAGAAGCUUCUAUUAAAUGUUGAAAGUGAGGAGGAAAAAGCUAAGAGGGAACAGGACAGCAUUGAAGAUAGUACUGUAAGUAAGGAAGAAAUAAGUGCCAAGGCGGAACAGAAAGAAAAAACCAAAUCAACAGAUUCACAUGGGGGUGAGCCAUCCUCCAACCCAAAAGUGGACCCUCAAGCGGCCGUGAUUCCGCCCCCGCCUAUAGAGAAAAAGGUUGAAAAUCGGCCAUCAAAAAUGCUUUAGUUUAUAUCUUAAAGGGUGGGUAGCAGAUGAAAGUAUUUAUAACACAAGAAAUAUGUCCAUAUUUUUUAAUUAAUAUACGUUAUAAUAAAAUAUUCAUUUGAAUACACCGAUAUUGCGAUACUUACCAUAAACGUUGAAACUCAACCUGUUGGUGCUGUACUUGGUAAGUUUUGUUAUCUGUUCCUUAAUUUUUUUUUAAAUUGGUAGCCUGGUACAUCUCACGGUACAUAAUUUGGAGUCAUAAUAUAGGAUUUUUCAAAAAAAAAAAUAUGGGCAUAUGUGCUGACAUAAAUUACCCAUAUAUAAAAUAUAUGUAAUUAAAUUGUUCAGGGAAAGUAAUUAAAUAACUUUUUUUUUACUUGUUCAUGUUAAUAGCUAUGGAUGUAAAUAUUAUUUUUAGCUAAAAAUAAAAAUAUAAGUGUUAGUAUAUUAAUAAAAAAAAAGAAACAUAAAAAGGG